AUGCGACGUCGUCGUAUCUUGUAACGGAGAAGCUACUAUCGUGUCCACCGGGCUAAUCCGUCCCUUCGCGUCGCACAUCAAGGCCGUAGACGACCAAUUCAAGGGCGGCGCGCACCUAAUUAAGCUCGACCCGCGCGAAUGUCGCGAGUUUCUAGACCGGCAGCGGCUGAAGAACCCGCUAGCAGCAGCAGCAGCGGAGGAUCAAGCCGAAGAGGACACGCUUCUCGGAUGGUUCACCCUGAAAACCGUUGAGAGGGUCGUAACGUUUGUGAAGUCGCCUGGAUUGCUGGAGCACGCGGUGACGAUCGAGGCGGAGCUGCAGAGCCUCGACGAUACCAUCCAUGGCUCCGCUGCCUCUGAACCCUUUCAAGUGGAGCAGCAGCCGGACGGCAGCGACGGCAGAGCGGAGGAGGGCCUGAGAGGGGCGACGCCGCUGAGGGACAGGCUCUCGGGGCGACGAGCGUCGUCUCGCUCGCCGUCUCCCGCCCGAAGCCUUAACGGAUUCAAGACGGAUGCAUCCAGCGAUAGCGGCGAGCGAGAGAGUCGCCUGCGCCAAGCCAAGGACGUGCGCGCGGCCAUGCUCAAGCGCGAGCAGGGCGUGGCGAUCGCGCGCGCAGCAGCGGCGGGAUUCUCCCCGGACGUGCUGCCGCUGCUGCUCUGCUUCGCAGAUUGUUUCGGAGCCGUCCGAUUGAAGCACGCGUGCGUGAAGUUCUCCUCCCUCGUCCGCCGCCAAGACUCCGCCUACGCGGAAAGCCUCACCCGCGCGCAACUCGCGCAGUCCGCCGCGCAGCUCGGCGGUGGCGCAAGCGCGGGCGCUGCGCCGCAGCAGCAGCAGGCGUUUGGGCUGGCGGCAGGGAGAGGCGGCGGAAUCUGGUUACCCGACGGCCACGUCUCCGGAAACACGGUUACAGGGACUCCCGGAGGCUAUUACCCCUUCGUUCCGCUGUAUAACGGGGCUAUGCCCGGUGGUAUCCCCGGCGCUAUGGGCCCAGGGAUAUCUCCCCCUACCGGGAACCCUGUAACUUAUGGCCUCGUCGGUCCCAAUGGGGAGAUUUACGCUGUUGCCGGCGGCAGCGGCGGCAUGGGUGGAAUGGGCGGCGGAAUAGGCGCCACAAUGGGUGGCGCAACUCUCGGCGGGACGGGGUCGGGUGGUUGGGGAAGUGCCCCUGGUUUUGCAGGGUAUAAUAGCCCGUUUUCCACGCCUGGGGUUUGGUCUGGGGAGGACCAAUCAGAAUGGAGCACGGACGAUACUAACGGAAGGGGCGGGUACGGAACUGGGCCGGCUGCGUAUCGCGGCGACUCGCCCGCGGCCGCUAGACGGCGCCGGCCGUUCAAGUCCAAGUCGGCUAGCCGGCUGAUGCCGUGGCAGCAGCGGCCGUGGAGCGCGGCGGGGUUCGCGGCGGGAAAUGCGGGGGCGUGGACGGAUUUGUCGGAUACGAGCAGUGCGGUGAUUGGAAGGGACGAUGUGACUGAACCGAGUGUGCUUUUUCCGGGAAGGAAUUUGAUAGAGGACAGCAGCGUCGCAAGCUCCGUCGCAGAGAACCAGCUCAGCUGCUCGGCGAGCCCGCUGCGACCGGUGAACAGUCGCGCGACGUCGCCCAGGUCGUCGUCGCCUAUGUCGCGCGCGACGUCGCAGGAACUGAGGGAUUUCGUCGCAGGGCUGCAGAGGAGAGGGGCGAAGGGGGAAGCGGGGGUCGGCGGAAGCGGCGCAGGGAGGGAGGCGGCAGGCGGGUUGGACUCAGCCGCCGCUGCUGUGGGGAUGAAAUCGGACGGCGGAGCGUUGAUCCGGAGCGGGAGUCGCUACGGGAGUGCGUCGCAUAUCUCACCUAUCAUCCGCUCCCAGUCCGCAUAUCAUGUGCGAGCGGAGAGCGGGGGAAGGGGCGCGGGGACAGGCGGAGGAACAGGGGGGGGAGCAGGGGGAGCAGGGGAGGCAGGGGGAGCAGGCGGGACAGGCGGCGUAGGGGAGCCAGUUGAUAUUUUAAUGGUGACCGCCUCUACUCCCAAGAAGGGUUCUCCGUGGGCGGGCGCGGAUGAGGGUCGGGAUUAUCUGGGGGAGGUGGAGCUCAGGGGAGGUACGACCGCCCUGAACGACCGUAGGUUGGUGCCUGGGGAACUCGAGAUGGAGAUCAUGGCAGGGUGGGGGGGGGCGGAAGACGAGGGGGAGGAGGACGUGAUGAAGGGGGAGGCGUUCCGCAACUCCCUGGAGGCUGGCGCGGGGACGGGCGGAGGGGGAGGCGGAGGGGCAGCCGGGGGAAGAGGUGCGGGGAGAGGAAGUGGGGGGGUGGCGGAGGUGAGGAGGACAGCAGGGGGGAGAGGUAGCGGUGGUGUAGCAGGAGCAGCAGGGGCAGCAGGAGCAUCAAGGGAAAGAGCAGGAACAGGAGGAGCAGCAGGAGCAGCAGGGGCAGCAGGAGCAUCAAGGGAAAGAGCAGGGAAGAUUGUGGAGAAUGACUAUCCGGUUCUGAUGAGGAACAAAUCUCCCGUUCGAGGAGGAGGAACGGAAGCUAGUGUGGGGAGUGGGAAGGGGGGCGAUGGACCGAGUCAGGAGUCCUUGCUUGUGACUUCUCUUGAGUGCUGGAAGUUCAGUGAAUAUGGAAAGGCGGCAGCAGGAGCGGCAGCGGGGAAGGCGGAACAAGGGGCAGCAAAGGGAGAAAAGGAUCUGGAUGCUGAUUUCAGCUGGAUGCAGGGAGGGAGCAGCAGAGAUGAAGGGGGGUUGGGUGUGCAGCAGCAGCAGUGGCAGCAGCAGCAGCAACAAGAGAAGGAGCAGCUGCACCAGCAGAAACAGCAGCAGGAGCAGGAGAAUGAACAGGUGGCUAGUAACAAGAACAUGGUACAGAGAAGGAUGUGGAUUAAAGAUGUCAAGUCUAACGAGCAUGAAAAUUUGCCUGGGAUGAGUGCUGUUAAGUCUACGAAUGCUGGAGCAGAGGAGCUUGUUCUCUUGCCUGCUGGGAACGCCCUUCAGCCAGUGAUGCCCUCUGGAGGCAAGGGCGGGAAGAAAGGAGCAGAGCAGGCAGAGACAGGAGGAGAGCAGAACCAGGAGGAGUACUGGAAGGGGGAGAGGAGCCGAGUUGGGAAGGAGAAUAAGUUGAUGCAGCAUUCCCCACUGACUCAUUCGAGUUCGGCAUCAGGAGUUCCUAAUUAUGCGCCAGGAGAUGCGCAGUUGGAGCUAGAUCUCAGGUCAGGUUCGUUUGGAGACAAUGACCUUGGAGGAUGGGGGUUGAAGUUUGCCCAAUCCGCCUCGAUCAAAGCAGCUCCCGGGGGUAGUAGCCCGGGCGGUGUUUGGAGUAGGAGUGUAUUGGGUGAGAACAACGCGUAUUCGGAAUUGGGGUUGGAGGGGCCGUUUGGGGUUUUGGAGGAGGUUCCUGUGGAGACGAGGAGGGAGGCUACAGAUGAGCAGGUGAAACUAAAGGAUACAAGGAAGAAGCAGGAGAAGGAGUAUAUUGAAAUGCUGAGAGCCAGGGAUGCAGCACGGAAGGCGGCAGCUGUGGAGGAUUCGCCUGUUGAAAAGAAGAGAGGUUCAAGCCUGAUGAAGAUGUUUGGAUUCGGUUUUUGA